AUGGGUACCUAUGGAAAAUGGUUCAAGUCACUUGUAACUCCCAAACCACUUCAAGACCUCAGCAACAAGAGAAAAUGGGAGAUAAUAAGUCUAAGAAGAAGUGGAAGCUCUGGAGGAGCUCCUCCGAAGGGUUCGAAUCCUCCUCAUCCAGGGGUCUUAAAACGCAUCACGUGGCUGCUUCAGAGACCUCCGAUUCUUCUUUCAUGGCGGAUGGUGCACUCGCUGCUGCCAUGGCUACCAUUGUUCGUGCUCAACCCAAAGAUUUUAGGGCUGUGAAGCGAGAAUGGGCCGCCAUCCGAAUCCAGACUGCAUUUCGAGGCCUGCUGGCAAGACGAGCUUUAAGGGCUUUGAAAGCAGUAGUAAGGAUUCAAGCCAUAUUCCGUGGUCGUCAAGUUCGUAAUCAAGCUGCCGUGACAUUAAGGUGCAUGCAAGCUCUUGUAAGGGUACAAGCUCGUGUGAGAGCACAAUGUCUGAUAUUUUCAGAAGAACAAGCUGUGCAUAAACUCAAUGAUCCAACCAAGGAUGCUGAGAAAGGAUGGUGUGACAGUCCUGGGACUUUAGAAGAAGUAAGAGCGAAACAACAAAUGAGGCAAGAAGGUGUAAUGAAAAGGGAGAGAGCAAUGUCAUACUCUGUUUUAAAACAGUCAAGAUCAUAUGGCAAUGGCAGCCCAAAUUUGAGAGCAAACAAGCACCCAUUCCCUCACAAGCAUCAUCAUCAAAAGCUAGAUUGGAAUUGGGUUGAUCAUUGGAUGGCAACCAAGCCCUGGGAAAGUGCAGAUGCCAGUAACCAAGCCCGAGUUCUUGCAAGGCCUCCUAUGGUCAAUCAGACUUCAGAUUCAUUGUCUUCCCCUAGUUCCAACUCGGUCUACGACGAGAGCUCGACUUCGACGUCAUCGGCAUCCGUGUCUCCCACUGCAUUAGAAGAUAAUCCUACAAAGAAACCCAGCUACAUGAAACCUACCCAGUCUAUCAAAGCUAGGACCUUCAGGUUUUCUUCUUCGGAUAACAUGCGGGGACACGUCGUUGAUAGUGAUGAUUUAAAGUAUUUUCACGAGAAAAUGACGACUCUCUCCUGUGAAGACACCAGAAGUUGUGCUGAUUCGAACCCAUCAUUUAAUUUUUCCAGGGAACUGUGCCGAUCGAGACAAGAUUCCCCAAAGAAAAAAUCAGUGGUGUCAAGGUAG